CCAGUCACUCCUUGAUGCUUUGUUUUUAUGGCAAGUCUUCUGCGCUCGGUUUUUCCUCGCUUCACAAGUAAUCUCAUAGUUUCGGACACAUCCAGAAAAUUGAAAAUGAAUUCUCCGGAUCUACCAGAACUUUUUCAGCCUCCGGUCAAUAGGUCCAUGCAGACUUUGGACAGAUCAUUCUUCAAGAAAUCUGUCCCUUUGGCCGCUGCCACCGUGUUCGAUCUCAAAGAAAUAACGAAUGUGCGGAAGCAACUCGAAAGGUCAGGAGACAUGUUGAGGCUCAGCCCCAUCAAGCCCCUUCGCAACGAUGAGCAAACACCAGGCGCCAAAUGCUUCUUGCUAUCUCCACAAGUUGACGCCAAUGACCCGAAGACAUGGUCGCCCAUUCUAUCACAACUGGUGGACAACAACUUGGCGAAAUUGAAGCCGUUUACCCUGACGCUGACUUAUGACGACUGGACCAUGCACAACAUCCUUGAAGCUAUCUUGCCGGACAUCCCUGAAGAAGAGAAGGAGACUCCGGCAGGCUUCGCCCAAGUCGGUCACGUCGCUCACGUGAAUCUACGCACGCCGUAUCUGCCUUACAAAUACCUGAUUGGGCAGGUGUUGCUGGACAAAAACCCCAAUGUCACCACCGUGAUCAACAAGACCUUCGACGUGGGCACCGAGUCCGUCUUUCGUACUUUCCCAUACGAAGUUCUCGCCGGACCGGACGAUCUCGACGUGGUCGUGCACGAAGCGGGCUGCGAGUUCAGGUUCAAUUUCGGCAAGGUCUACUGGAACUCUCGCCUCGGCACCGAACAUGCACGGAUCUUUGAGAGCUUCAAGGAAGGCGAAGCAGUCUGCGACGUUAUGGCGGGAGUCGGACCAUUUGCUGUCCCGGCCGGCAAGGGCAAAGUGUUUGUCCGGGCCAACGACCUCAACCCGGACUGUCACGCAAGUCUUACCGAUGCUAUCAAGCGCAACAAAGUCGAUGAUUUUGUCAUGGCUUCAUGCGCCGAUGGCAGGGAAUUCAUUCGCCAUGCAACGACGGAGCUAGCACAGGCACCGCGAAAGGUCGUCUUGAAGCCCAAGAUCAGGGUGUCACGUAAGGCCACUGUAGAGGAGAGGAAAGCGGCCGAGGAAGCCGCCACGAAAUCCGCACAAACCCUCGAAGAACCAAGGACAUUCGAUCACUAUGUCAUGAAUUUGCCCGCUACAGCAAUCGAGUUUCUGGAUGCUUUCAAAGGUGUCUAUCAUAACCGUCAAACAGAAUUCGCGCCAUACACGAGUCGAAAACUCCCAUUCAUACACCUGUACUUGUUCCAAGCCAAGUAUGCCACCGAAGAAGAGGAAUGUCAGGAGAUCUGCGAACGCAUUUCCGAGAAUAUUGGGGCGGAAGUCAAGUUGACCGAUCCUGAGUUGGAGAUGAGCAUCCGAUACGUUCGACUCGUUGCGCCGAAGAAGAAGAUGUUUUGCGCCAGUUUUCGAAUUCCUGCCGCUACGGCCUUUGCAGAUCCUUGACCUGACGAAGUUGAGGUAAAACAGACCUUUGUCCAGAGAUGCUUGAUUAUGUUUUGAAGUUGAGCGUUCAUGAUCAUACCUAAAAGAAGGCAUUCGCAUCGAGCUACCAGUCGAAGUAAUCGCCAACAGUGUAUGACAAUCAAGCAUUUGUGGCCUAGUGGCUUUUCAACAGAAUCCGCAACAGCCGCCACAAAGGGCACCCCUUCAAGUACUGAUGGCACUAUCUUGGGCAACCUUCAAUGUCCAGUCCGACCGGAGCCUCUGAGUAGGCAUCGAAGCAGAGGUUGACACACUUGCAACAUGUGAUGGUGACAUCUCCCGCCGUAUAAUUUGGGUCUUCACUAAUUUGCCGACUCUGGUGCCUGCACUGCCACCACUUUUGUGGAUGUGGGUAGUUGUUAAUCCCGAAUAUCAGCGGUCUUGUCAACUUCUACACCGUUGUGGAGAUCGCCGUCGUGCUUAGCGGAUGAUGAUCAAGAGGCCGUCUGGGGUUUCUUUCCAUUCGCCGUCUGUUCAUCUCCUGAUGGGACAAUAGAGACAAAAGAUGCCAUGACGCCUGGAUGGGGCGGUCAGCAACGCCACUCCACCAUUUCAGGGUCAGAGGCCGGACAGACCUGCAGAGAACGUUGGAUUGACGAAGACCGAAUAUUGGGAGAUGCGACGAUGACUAUAAUCUAUCAUUUGGUAUCCGAUUUGUUGAUUAACACUCAUGCUUCAGAUCGACCAGUCACGCUGUUUCCCCAUUCCAAAUCUGCGUCAGCAUUCUUGUCAUCGGGUACGCCGAUUAUGUAGAGCUAGGGAUGUUGAAAACGUUGCUCACCAGUUCAGCACAAAAGUUAUAUUCUCUUGUAACAGCCCUCGAACAUGUCUUUGGAUAAAAUUGAUCGAGCCAUCUAUCUCGCACCUCGCAUAAUCGUCUAAUUGAGUAUUAAGAAUUUCUACAUCUUCGAAAGAUCUCUAUAUAAAC